UCGCGGGCUUGCUCGCGUCCCGAUUCCCUGGUAUUUUGGGAAGCGGGGCGUGACAACAACUAAUGUGUAGCCGGCGAUCAACUAUAUUACAAGACACAACAAACCAGACACUAGGAGAGAAAUCACGCUUAUGUAUAUAAGUGGAAUGCCAAUGCGUGCAACUUUAUUUGGAGAUUUGGCUACAAAUGAAGGCUCAAUUCUUGAAGCAGAAAUCAAAUAUAGGCCUGUAAUAGGAUUAUCAUAUUUUAAAAUCUCUAUAUAUCAAGGAGAUACAAGCAUAUCGUUGCAAAUUAUUUCAUUAUUAUGUAUCAACCCAAAAAUAGAACUAGCUAGCGAAUUAAGGGAAUGGUUUCACUUGGAAGAAGCUGCAAAAGCAAAAGGAUCUCCAUCGACACUUUUUAAAAAUGCCAAGGAAAUUCAUAUUAGUGAUAUUAUGCAUACGUCACAGAAUUCAAUACAGCCACAGUAUUGCACAUUUAAGGUAAAGAUAACUACUAUUUUAAAUAGGCUCGAACCAUGGUUCUAUGCUUGCAAAGGCUGUGACAAGAAGGUUGAUAAAGAUGUUUGUAAAGAGUGUCUGAAUGACAAAUACCGCGGAAUCAUUGAUGACCCAGUACCAAGGUAUUUAGUUAAGAUUCUCGUGGAAAAUGGCACGGAUAAUGCAAGAGUAACACUCUUUGACGCAGCAGAAACUCUUAUUGGAUGCAAAGCAGAAAAAUUCAUUACAAAAAAGAAAGAGAAAAAUAAUCAGAGUCCAUAUUUCUAAAAUUUUAUUUUGAACAUCGGAAAAACAUUCAAAUUCCUGGUGAAGUUAGAUGAAAAGACAAAAGAUGAACGAGGCGAAGGCAAUAUAAUAGCACAAGAAAUUCAACCCCAGCCUGCUAUUACAAUCGACGUAGAUGAUGAAGAUGCUACUCUAGAGUUGCCUAGAAAAUAGAUAAAGGUGAAGAAAGAUUGAUCUUGGUUCAAUUAGAAAAUUUCAAGAACAAUAUUUUUAAAUCAU